GUCUCUAUGGUUCGCCCUCCGCCGCCCCUCUCCCGGUCACCCCGGCAACGCCGCCCGGGCCCAGCAAUGGCGUCGGCGCUGCGGGCCGGGCCGCGGCUGCGGCGGGCGGUGCGGGCCGGCGAGUUAGCAGCGCUGCCCGCCGGGCUGAGGGAUGAGCUGGAGGCGGCGCUGGCGGCGGAAGGAGGGCUGGUGCCUUUCAGUUUGCUGCGAGGGCUGCACGCCGCGCUGCGGGAGGCAGGGUCUCCGCUGCAUCUGCACGAGCUGCUGGAAGGAUGCGAGAUCCACCUGCCCGAGGUGCCGGUGCCGCCGAGGAACCCCGAGCUGGUGGCCCGGCUGGAGCGGAUCAAGGCCAAGCUGGCACACGAGGAGUACCAGCGGAUGACCCGCAACAUCACCGGCCAGGAGGUGAACGGGCCAUUGGCUGAAUUUGGGAGGCAAGUUCGUUCCGUGAAAGCCGUUGUCAUCACCAUCUUCAACUUCAUUGUCACCGUGGUGGCCGCCUUUGCCUGCACCUACCUGGGCAGUCAGUACGUCUUCGCAGAGACAGCGGCGGUGAGCAAGCCCUGCCCCUGGCAGACCCUCUGUGCUGGCCACACCAGACACCCAGGAUCACCUCUCUCUCUCUUUUGUGUCCCCAGCGUGUCCUGUCAGCCGUCAUUGUGGCCUCAGUGGUGGGCUUGGCCGAGCUGUACGUGAUGGUGCGGACCCUCGAAGGGGAUCUUGGCAAACUAUGACCAUGAACUGCAGGCUUCGUGCUGGAGCCUUUUGUCCUCCCCAGGAGCUGCUAAUGUGGGACAGAUCUUGUCCUGUCUGUACCUGUUCCUGCUGUGGGAAGACUGCUGCACUCCUCAGGCUCAUCCUUCGCUUCCCACUCCUGAAAUGAAUCAUGGGUUGGAAAUCCCAGAGCUGCAGAACGGGAGAGGGAAUGGCUGUGGACUCCAGCCACCCCAGCAGGGAGAGGGGCAUCAGCUCCUGCCAUCCCUGCUGUCCUGGGAAGUUUCUGUCUGUUUUUAUUCUGGAAAUAAACUUAACACUGUGUGUUUGUAACCUUC